AUGUUAGAUUCAACUUCGAAUAGCAACAAUGAAGACGGUGGCGGCGAUGUCCAUAUUUUAAACGAAUACAUAGAAGACAUGCCCACCUCAGCAGCCAAGAAGGCCAACGUCCAGGAUCAGUUCUACCUUACAGCUGCAGAUCCGAAAGAUGGCCGCAUCGAGGAUCGAUUGAACGAAGUGAUAAAUGCGAAAUAUCAAGCAGGAUUUUUAAAGCCUUACAACUACGUCAAUGGAUAUGCCAGACUGCAACGCUACAUGGAGCAAUAUAUGUCAUCUGACAGUCGACAACGUAUUUUAAAUGUAAUGGGUAUGUUCCGACCAACUUUCCGUGAUGUAGCACAGUCUUUAACGGACAUUGAUCUGAUACUGGUGGAGGAAUCGUUUGAGAGGUUAUUGCUGGAUUACGACCGAGUGUUUAGUGCAAUGGCAAUUCCUGCGUGUUUAUGGAGGCGUACAGGUGAAAUAUACAAGGGCAACAAAGAGUUUGCUGACCUAAUCAAGGUGCCAUUUGACAAACUGCGUGAUGGUCAACUGUGUAUUUAUGAAAUUAUGGCUGAGGACUCCAUUGUGAAUUACUGGGAGAAAUAUGGAAACAUCGCAUUUGAUCCAAAGCAAAAGGCUGUAUUGACUUCAUGUUUACUGUAUCGACAAAAAAACAGUGAUACUGCUGAUGCUGAUAAGAUUAUAGAGACAACAAACAAGAAAGACCUUAUUCCCAUGUCCUGUUGCUUUUCAUUUACCGUGAGAAGAGAUAAAUUCAACAUGUAA